ACUCAUUGCAUUGUAACUUUGUUAAUUAGUUGUUAUUCCACGUCACGUUUGGUCUCGCAUGUGCUUGGAAUCAAAGCCAACAAAAGCCACAAUAUAAAAACCCCACUUCAUCACAAACUCAAAGAAGAAGAAGCCCACACACUUUCAAAAUACUCUCACACGUACAUGUUAUGUUAUCAGCUGCACCCAGCAUGAAUACUAACACCUCUGUGAUCACCGCCAUCACCACCACACGGGACGAACCCGACUAUGACAGCAGCUCCUCCUCGAUUACGGUACCGGAAUCAAGCAGGAGCUGGAUGACCAACCUCAGCUUCGGCAGCCGGCGCCGCCGGAGCUCGGUCUCCGUCUGCUCCUCCACCGCGGAGAGCCCGCACGCAAAGCCCCACAAGGCGAACCAUGCUGCAUGGGAGGCGAUGCGGCGGCUCAGGCGGGACAAGGGGCAGGUGGGGCUGGACCACUUCCGGCUGUUGCGCCGGCUGGGGAGCGGCGACAUCGGGAACGUGUACCUUUGCCAGAUAAGGAACCCCAUUGUGGGGUUGCCGCAGUGCUUCUAUGCCAUGAAAGUGGUUGACAGAGAGGCACUUGCUAUAAGGAAGAAGCUGCAGAGAGCGGAGAUGGAGAAGGAGAUUCUGGCCAUGCUUGAUCACCCUUUCUUGCCUACUUUGUAUACUGAGUUUGACGCUUCUCAUUACUCUUGCUUGCUCAUGGAGUUCUGCCCCGGUGGAGACUUGUAUGCUGCUCGCCAACGCCAGCCCGGGAAGCGCUUUUCCAUAGCAUCCUCUAAGUUUUAUGCGGCUGAGACACUAUUGGCACUGGAGUAUCUUCACAUGAUGGGAAUAGUGUACAGGGAUUUGAAGCCAGAGAAUGUUCUUGUGAGGGAGGAUGGACACAUUAUGCUUACAGAUUUUGAUCUAUCGCUGAAAUGUGACGUUGUUCCCAAGCUGUUAAGGAGCAAGACCAGAUUAGAACGCAGCAUCAAGAGUACAAAGAGAUCCAUGCCAGCCUGCACUGCCCCCAUGCAGCCUGUGCUGUCAUGUUUCUUGUCAUCAUCAAGGAAGAAAAAGAAAGCCACUGUGACAACAGUUAUAAGGGAAAAUGUUGAGGUGGAAGAAAAUGAUCCAGAGCUGGUGGCUGAGCCCAUUGAUGCCAAGUCCAAGUCAUUUGUGGGGACACAUGAGUACUUGGCACCAGAAGUGAUUCUGGGCCAAGGACAUGGGAGUGCAGUGGAUUGGUGGACAUUUGGGGUGUUCUUGUAUGAGAUGUUAUAUGGUAGAACACCCUUCAAAGGUGAAAACAAUGAGAAAACUCUCGUCAACAUUUUGAAGCAGCCCUUGGCUUUCCCUAGAAUUGUAGUUGGCACCAGCAAGGAGUUUGAAGAGAUGGUGAACGUUCAAGACCUUAUAAGCAAGUUGUUGGUGAAGAAUCCUAGUAAGAGAAUUGGAAGCCUCAUGGGUUCUGUUGAGAUCAAAAGGCAUGAGUUCUUCAAAGGUGUAAAUUGGGCCUUAAUUAGAGCAGUUAGGCCCCCUGAGGUCCCUAGUGAAAUGAACAAACUUAGGAGUAGGGUUUUGCUGCCAAAACUAAGCAAAACAGAUAGGGAUCAGCCUUAUCAGCUUAGAAGUCAUCAUUUUGAAUACUUCUAACUGAAAACAUGUAAAUAGUUUAGAAAAAACAGGUUUUCCACGCAAAUAUGUGUUUGCCAUUAAAAAAAUUAAGGGUUCUUUCCCCCUUGUUUUCUGUUUUUCUUUCUCUUUUUUCUAUGUACUGAUGAAAGAAAGAAUUAGAUAAAGUAGUAUGUGUAUGACUAA